AUGGAGCCUCCCUUGCCACGUCUGUGGCUACGCUAUCAGACAGACGAUGGUAUUCCCUACUACUACAAUCAGCUGACGAAAAAGACGCAGUGGGAGAGACCUACUCAAGAUGCAGCUGCUGACGUGGCUGCUGCCGGUGUGGCAGCAGCAGCAGCACCAAUACAGCAGGACGCAGGUGUCUACGACGUACCUGUUUACAGCAGCACCGCCGUGAGCAGGCAGCAACUGCAGCAGCAGCAGCAAAGCCUUACACUGUCGCUAAGUGGCAUAUCCGCUGCAGGGGCAGGGGCAGCCUCUUCAUCAUACAGCAGCAGCAGCAGCAGCAGCGAGUUGAAGGGAGCUGCUCAGGAUCGCGCAGAGGUAGCGUUUAGCCGGCUGGAUGUUGCGGCAAAGGGCGAUACGCUGUGGGAAGGAAGCACGGGAGUUGCAGCAACAGAGCAGCAGCAGCAGCAGCAGCAGUGGCUAUGGUGCUGUUUGCCCCUAGCGGCUGCGCAGCAGCUGUUCGAUGUCGAUACAGCGCAAGUACUUGCACGGCUGUGCGCAGUGGUGCCUCUGCAUCUGAGACAGAGCCGCGGCAGCAACAGCAGCAUUAGCGAAAAGGCAAAUCUAAUCAAGAAGCCAGAUUUGUAUGGACCGUUCUGGGUAGCGGCAACGCUUUCGUUCCUCAUUUUUGCGUGCGGAUCGCUUCCUCUCUUGUCGCUCCCACCUGCUGCAGCAGGAGCAGAUGCGGGAGCAGCCAAAGAAGGGCUGUGGCUGCUGACGUUUGCUGGAGCUGCCGCAUACGGAAGUCUCGUGACUCCUCCCUCCUGCUGCUGGCUGCUGCAGCUGCUGCAGCACUAUUACGACGGCAGCGGGAGCAGCGCAGGAGCCACACCGCUGCCACAGCAGCGGCAGGACGAGCCGCAACAGCUGAGUGUUGUGCAGCUUCUCUGUGUGCAAGGCUAUGCUGCGGCAGCAGCGGUGCCUGUUGUGCUGCUGCUCUCUGUCACGCAGCUGCUCCCCUGGGGAGCUCUUGCAAGCUGUAUUCGCUGGAUUGCUGCCAUUGCUGCGCUCGCGGCUGCUGCGCGGUUCAUGCGGCAGCAACUGCAGCAGCCUUCGCUGCCGAAGCACAGAGGGAAGGACGUGCUGCUGCUGCUGCUCAUCGCUGGGCAGGCAGCGCUGCUGCUGGUCGUUGUUUUUGCUGCGCCUCGCUAUCCGCACAGCACCCUACAGCCGCAGACGCAGCUCGAAGCCUCAGGCAGCGUGCCUGAGACUCCUGCGUAUUUCGAGCUUCAACAGCAGCAGGGCGAGACAGCACUCGCGAGUGGUGCAGCUCCAGCAGGAGGCUCCCUAGACACCGUCAGCAGGAGCGACACAACGGAGGAAGCAGAGGAGCAGCCUCAAAACGCUGGGGAAGCGGCAGCAACUUCUGACGCUGAUGCCGCCCUCCCUGCGGCAGAAGCAGCAGCAGAAGCAGCAGCAGGAGCAGGAGCAACGCUAGCACCAGCAGAAGCAGCAGAGGAAGAGGCAGCAGCAACAGAUGCAGAAGCAGCAACACGCGCUGCUGCCGCGUCCUCUGCGCUGUUGCCGUUGAUGCAGCGACUACACCGCGCUCACGCAGAACUGUCAGUGCGUGUAGCUGCUCUGCACGUCGCUGGGAAAAGGCUGCCGCUCGCAGCAGCAGCAGCAGCAGCAGCAGCAGCAGCAGCGCCCCCGCGAGAAACCUCAACAAGGAUGCAUCAGCCUUCUGCCUCAGACAAGCAGCUCCUGUUGUAG